ACGGCGCACGUGCGCGCGGCGACCUGGGCGACUGCCGCGACCUCGACAGUGCACGUGCGUGCGGUGACCUUGGCAACGGCCGCGACACUGUGGACCGUGUCAGGUCGAGUCUGCAGCACAAUUGGAACAACACCGACCGCGGCGACCACAGGCAGCCGAGCCUAGCAAAUCGUGACAAGACAACACGCCAUGAUUUGCAAGCGCUUUUAGGGAACUUCGUGGAAGGUUUGGUCAACGGGUUGCACACAUUUCAGCACAAAAAAUGUCACCAACCGAGUGGUGGUUUCAGUUUGGAGGGGACGUUCCCAAUCUGCAGAAGUAUGCCUUGAGAAUUGUUUCCCAAUGUGUGUCGUCAAGUGGAUGUGAAAGCAACUGGAGCGCUUGGGCCUUGGUCCACACGAAGCAAAGGAAUUGUCUAUUAUAUGGCAAGCUGCACAAGUUUGUAUCCGUUCGCCACAACUUGAAGAUAGGUGCUGAAGAAGACAAGGACCGGGUGAGAGAGAAUGAUAAAUAUAAGGAGGUUGAUCCAUGUGCAAUGAUGAUGAAUACAUCCAUGUUUGAUGAGGCUAAUCCAAUGAUGGAUUUGUUGAAUGAGGAUGAGGAACAUGUUAUCUUGGAUGGAUCUGAUGCUGCUAGCGCCGUGUUUGAGGAAAUACGUCGCCUUAACUCAAGCAAGAAAUCCUCUCAUCUUGGAAGGAAGGGCAAUGGAACGAAAAGGAAGAGAGUAUUGGAAGAAGAUGAGGAUGACUACAUUGAUUGUGAUGAUGAUGAUGAAGAAGAUGAGUACAUAGACAUUGAUGAUGAGGAUGAAUGCGGAGAUGAUAGCGCAAGUGAAGCUGAUGGAGAAGAUUCAACUACCCGAGUUGAAAAGAUCAACCAAGCCAAGAUGGAAACGAGGCUGAGGAAAGAAAUGAUGGAGGUUUGCUGAACUGCCAUAGAUCUCGACGAGGAAAGCAAAGCAUGAAGCUGAAGGACUUGACGAGCCUUUACAAUUGACAGAAGCAUUUGGAGCAUCGUAUGGGGUCGCAAGGCUGCUGUCUAGUGACAGAAGUGACACAAGAAUGAAAGAAGGAAGCUUCUGGUUGCAUUUUGUGGUGUAUGAGAACUCUGAAUGUUAUUUUGUGGGAUGCAUGAAAUGUUGUCCAGGACUAGUGGUGGACAAUUCAUUUGGAUGGAUGUUCUUUUGCUGUGAUCUUGGAUGUAGUUAAACUAUACUACGGAUUGGCCUGGAUGUAGAACCUAAAUUAUGGAUUGUUAUUUGACUUGUAGACUAUAAUCUGGACUCCUGAUUCGUCAUUCUAGAUUGAAUUCUGGAGUGGUAUAUAUUAAGUUAAAUCAUGCUAUAAUUUGCUUUCAA